CUGGGUCCUUUCCUCCACAGUCGAUAAAGGGUAACUAUGCUGCUUGGAGCGGCGGUGGUUCUCCUCCUCGCCGGCUACGUCGUCCAAGAGACAUCGGCCCGCGCUUGCGUAGGCUGCAGUAAUCAGAACCUAUGUAAUUGUUUUGGAAUAAAAGGAGAAGUAGGAGCUCGAGGUUUUUAUGGUCUACCAGGACUUGAAGGCCCGAAUGGUAAUGUUGGAGAUGCUGGGCCUGCAGGACCACCAGGUAAACGUGGUAGCCCUGGAGAGCGAGGUUUAUCUGGCCCUAAAGGGGAACGUGGAAACCCAGGGCUCAUGGGUACACCAGGUAAACAAGGAUAUCCGGGAUAUAAAGGUGAAAAAGGAUUGCCAGGAUUACCUGGACUAGAUGGAUGUGACGGCACUGAUGGACGUAAAGGAGAAGUUGGAGAAGAAGGUCAUCUAGGGCCUAGAGGCUUACUUGGAAAGCAAGGUCCAAGAGGUCCUCCUGGUGACGCUGGUGAAGGCGGAGCCAAUACAAAAGGGACGAAAGGUGAAAGGGGUGAGAGAGGGCGUGAUGGAUCACAGGGCCCUCAAGGUGUUGACGGCUAUGAAGGUAAAAUAGGAGAACAGGGAGAAAUGGGAGAUAAAGGUUAUCCAGGGGCUGUUGGUGACAAAGGAGAGCGUGGUGAGAGAGGGCUGGAUAGACAAGGCCCAAAAGGUCAACUAGGAGCUCAGGGAGCACCAGGACCUCAAGGACCCCCAGGUCAUUCCUAUUGGGAAGUUACAUACCCUGGUGAACCAGGUGACGCAGGAGAAACUGGUGACAUAGGAGAAAAGGGUAUGAAAGGAUUGGAAGGAGAAAGUGGACCAAAGGGUCAAAGAGGUAUACAAGGACUGCAAGGUGGAAGAGGCGAUUAUGGCAUGGAAGGACCUGUGGGUAAAGAGGGCAAGGAAGGAACAUAUGGGCCACGAGGGCCAAAAGGAUUCAAAGGUGCUCCUGGUUAUGAAGGUGCCGAAGGCGAUAAAGGGAUAAAGGGACUGCUAGGAGGACCAGGAAAUGAUGGUGUCCCAGGAUUACAAGGACCAGAAGGAAGCCCAGGAGUAUAUGACCCUAGUUUAGACACUGGUGGACAACCAGGUUCAAGAGGCCCUCAAGGAAUUAUCGGUUUUCGAGGUGAAAAAGGCAAGCAAGGGCAAGAUGGUCGGAAGGGGGCUUAUGGAGUUAGAGGACCAAAGGGAAAUCCAGGACCCAUGGGUCUUCCUGGGGAGAAGGGUCCCAGAGGAGAUGAAAUCAAGGGGCAAAAAGGAGACAAGGGAUUUCGAGGGAAACCUGGUGCUCAGGGUGUUAUUGGAGAUAGAGGACCACCUGGCAAUGAAGGCCGCAAAGGGGAAGAAGGAGAAACAGUUGUGGGACCAAAAGGACGUCCAGGAAAUCCUGGAUUUCACGGAAGGCAUGGACCAUUUGGGGAUAGGGGUGAGCCUGGAAGGAGAGGGCCCAAAGGUGAAAGGGGAGUUGGUGUAGAAAUAAAUGGGCCAUCAGGUGAACCUGGAUUAAGAGGAAGGCAAGGAACAGUUGGUGAUCCUGGUGAUGAUGGUUUUCCGGGAAAAAGAGGUCCAAAAGGAAGAAGAGGAGAUGACUGUGGUUACUGUGAAGGUGGCCAGAAAGGACCUAAAGGUAUCCAGGGAGAUGCAGCAACACAUGGCGAACCAGGAAAUGUUGGUCAGCUGGGUAGAAGAGGUCCUAAAGGGCCGACAGGUCCUCAGGGACUUCCUGGUCACAGAGGACCAGUAGGACGUAAGGGAAUUCUAGGACCUUUCGGUGAUAAAGGAGAGCAGGGAGAUAAAGGACCACCGGGAACUGAUUUAUCAUCAUUAAGUCAAACCUUAGAUAUUGACGUGGGAGAUCCUGGACCAAAGGGCUAUCCCGGAAAUCAAGGUGAUGUUGGUUUUAGAGGGAGUGAUGGACCACCUGGACGAAAUGGAACUUUGGGAUCACCUGGCUAUACAGGUGAAAGAGGAGAACCUGGCAUUCCAGGAAAACCAGGAUUACCUGGUUUAGUUGGAGAAGUGGGAGAUUCCGGUGAUCCAGACACCACUCCAUUAGAAUUAUUGAAGGGAGACAGAGGAGACAAAGGUUUGCCAGGAUUAAAAGGAACUGCAGGAAGGAGAGGGGUAAAAGGAUCACCAGGAGAUGUUCCUGACAAUAUAAAGAAAGGAACAGGACCACCCGGCGAUCCUGGUCCAAGGGGUCGUAAAGGUCCAAAAGGAUCACGAGGUGAACAAGGAGAUCAAGGAGUUGACGGCCUGUCAGGCUUUAGAGGUGCAAAAGGCAACAUGGGUGUAUCACAAGUCGGAAGAAGAGGACUUAAAGGAUAUCCAGGAGGAGUAGGUGAAUUGGGUCCAAAGGGUGUCAAAGGACGUACUGGAAACAUUGGCGAGAAAGGUGCUCAGGGAUGGAAAGGACAAAAAGGGUUAAUGGGAGAAUCGGGCGAAUACAAUUUGUUACCUGGAGUAAGGGGUCCUGAUGGACCGAAAGGGUUCAAAGGUAUGAUAGGAAAUGAAGGACAAGAUGGUUUAAAAGGUGAGCAAGGAGAUGACGGAAUAAUAGGUUUCAAAGGCGCCAAAGGAGCACCAGGACAUUAUGGAAGAGAUGGUCCAUUGGGUGCUAAAGGAGAACGGGGAUCAUCACUUGAUGGAGUGAAAGGAGUCACAGGAGAUCCUGGAAUGCCAGGCAUGUUCGGCAUACUAGGUGAAAGAGGACCAACAGGUAGAACGGGUUGGCCAGGUGCACAAGGAAAAUUAGGCCCUAGAGGAAGUUUGGGAGACAAGGGUGAACAAGGAGAAAAAGGCGAUACUGGUCGACCUGGAAAUCGAGGGUAUGACGGUAGAGAUGGGUAUAAUGGAACAACUGGAGAUCCUGGUGAAGCUGGUGAAAUUGGUUUGCCAGGGUUUGAUGGGCAGAUUGGUCUAAAAGGGCUCAGAGGACCAGAAGGUCCAUUUGGCCCCAAAGGACCUGUAGGUGUCACUGGGCCUAAAGGUUACAGAGGUCCACCAGGUCGACACGGGCUAUACGGCGAUCCAGGACUGAAAGGUACUGCAGGCCCACCUGGUGAUGCUGCUUUUCAAGGCCCAUUAGGAGAAAAGGGGUACCCAGGUCGAAAGGGGUUUGUCGGAGAUGUAGGAGAACCUGGUAUGGAUGGUUUUCCUGGUGAAAAAGGAGAAGAUGGCUUGGUCUUACAUGGAUACCCAGGGCAUAAAGGAAUCCCAGGAGAACCAGGCUUGAACACAAUGAAAGGAGUAAAAGGAUUCAAAGGUGAUACAGGAGACAAAGGUUUGGAUGGAGUCAGUGGAAUGCCAGGACCUCACGGAAAUGAAGGUUUUAUUGGAUUCAAAGGAUUACCAGGAAGCAAGGGUGACCCUGGAAAACCAGGUGAACCAGGAGACCAAGGACCAAGAGGAUAUGAUGGUGGACCUGGAGAAUGGGGAGACCCUGGUGAAAUGGGAAGAGACGGGCUUCCGGGUGAUGUGGGAUUUCCUGGUUCACCUGGAUUUAAAGGAGAAAAAGGAGAUAUGGGACCUGUAGGAGAUCCUGGAAUGACAAAUAUUACAUACCAUCCUCAUAAAGGAGAAAGAGGAGAACAAGGCCUCUUUGGUGAACGUGGCAGGUAUGGAGAUACUGGUGACAAAGGAUUACAUGGACCACCUGGAAGAAAGGGUGCAAGAGGACCUGUUGGAUACAAAGGUGAAAUAGGGCUGAAGGGAGUCCUAGGACCAAAAGGAUAUAUAGGAGAAGUAGGAGCACCUGGACUACCAGGAAUACCUGAUGAAAUGCCAGAAAUGGGCGAACCUGGUUGGAACGGUAUCGAUGGACUUGAUGGUUCACCAGGACUACAAGGACCAAAGGGUGCCCCAGGAGACUUUGGAGAUGAUGGGGACAGAGGUGAAAUUGGAGACGCUGGAUAUUCAUUUAAAGGCCUAAGAGGAAGUAAAGGAGAUAGAGGUGAUGUUCUCCAUGGAGAACCUGGUUUACCGGGACUGGAUGGAAGAGGGGGAGUAGAUGGUCCAAAAGGAGACAAAGGAUUCCCAGGAGAAGAUGGCCGCUAUUUCGAAAGUGAUAAAGGUCUGCGAGGUGAUGUAGGUGAUGAUGGUGAAUUUGGUUUAUACGGUGAGAAAGGUGAAAAAGGAGAUGAGGGAGUUCCUGGGUCAAUUGGAUAUCCAGGUCCAAAGGGUAGAAAAGGAUUUGCAGGACCAAGAGGCGAACCGGGCAUUAAUGGAACACAUGGAUUACGAGGUCCAAAAGGUUUGCCAGGAGAGAGUUUCACAUCAGCGGGUGUCUAUACCCCGCCUGGUCUCAGAGGAGACAAAGGAAAUUCAGGUCGUGUCGGAGUACCUGGACGACCAGGUAUACCAGGAGAUAAGGGAAUGAUGGGUGACACUGGUGAUCGUGGUUUAAGGGGAAGAAAGGGAUUUGCAGGAUUGCCAGGGUUAAGAGGAACCGUAGGAGAUAGAGGACUACCAGGAAAUAAAGGAGAUGUUGGAUUAAGAGGGCUUGAUGGACCACGUGGUUUGCGUUUGCCAGCAACUAAAGUACAUUCGAAAAAACAAAGCUACUAUUUUACAUACCACUCACAGUCUGAAAAUAUUCCUACGUGUCCUCAAGGGACCACACCUAUGUGGACUGGCUAUUCCUUGCUAAGCAUAAUGGGUGACCACAAGUCAAAGACUCAAGAUUUAGGUUUACCUGGAAGCUGUUUAAGGAAAUUCUCAGCAAUGCCAUUCCUCUUCUGUGAAACAAAUUCAAAUUGUCAGUAUGCAACUCGUGGUGAGUACAGUUUCUGGUUGAGUACAACUGAACCAAUGCUGCGCUCAAUGGCUCCCAUACCAGUCCACGACAUGGGAAGAUAUAUUUCAAGAUGUGUUGUCUGUGAGGCCUCGUACAAACCUUUAGCUGUACACAGUCAAGCCAUGUCAGUACCGUCAUGCCCGAAUGGAUGGGAUGAGCUUUGGACCGGCUAUAGUUUUGUAAUGCAUACUGCUGUCGGUGGACGAGGUGGUACACAAUCAUUGGCUUCACCUGGCUCUUGCUUACAAGAGUUCAGAGACAAACCGUUUAUUGAGUGUCAGGGAGCCGGAAAAUGCAAUUAUUAUGCAACAGGAAUUAGUUUCUGGUUGGCCACCGUUGAUGACAGAGCAAUGUUUUCAAGGCCCAUAACUUCUACCUUGAAAGAGCCGAUGCACACUACGAAAAUUAGUCGAUGUGCUGUGUGUGUUAGAAAGAAGAGAAGUUUUGUUACUACACGUUAUAACCCACAUAAUUAGUUAAUACCAAAUAAUAAUGUUAAAACAAGACUUUCCUUUAAAAGGCCAAUUGUGAUUUUUUCAAAUUGUAAAUAAUGUGCAUUUAGAAGAAAAUAUACAUAAUUUUUAUCACUGCCACCAUCAUGUUUUAUGUAAUUAGAAAUGGUUUUUCUUUGUAAUUAAAUAGAUUAUAAUUUAAUAAAGUAUGUAUUGUAAAAUGUUUUUGUUUUGAAUAAAAUUGUAAAUGAAAAUACAUGUACAUAUCACAUAGAAUGUAAU